AUGGCGGACGUCGAGCAGUCUCGUCCGGUGGAAAACCAGGCAAAGCACGUCCUGUACUGUGGAGUCUGUACACUGCCUGUAGAAUAUUGCGAAUUCGGCGGAAUGGCGAAAAAGUGCGAAGACUGGCUGAAAGACACGCACCCGGACGCGUAUCAGCAGCUCUAUUCUGAAGAGGCUCUGACUUCCAAGUUAUCUUCACUUUCGGUGUCUGCCCAGGAGCGUGCUGCUAAGGAUGCGGCUAAGAAGGAGGCAAAGGCUGCCGCCGCAGAGGCACGCGAUGCAGAGCGAAAGGCUGCUUCCAAGGUACAGAUCAAACGCGUUGAACGUAACAAGCGCAAACAUGUCACUGUCAUCACGGGCUUGGACAUUUACGGAUUGGAGAACAAGAAGCUCGCCAAAGAGCUCGGUAAGAAAUUUGCGACUGGUUCCUCCAUGACUCGCUCUGCUGGAGGCACCGAGGAGAUCACUGUUCAGGGUGAUGUCAGUGAAGACGUGAAAGAAUGGUUGUUGGAGUUUUAUGCCAAGGAAAUCCCUGAGGUCAACAUUGAACUUAUUGAAGACAAGAAAAAGAAGUCGAGCAGCUGA